UUUUUUUUUCACUAUUAGGAAAGUUCCUUAAUUCCCUUGCAGCUGGUUCCCAAGCAAAGCUUAACUUCAAUGGCAAAGCGCCAGAGCACCUGUUUUUUCCUAUGCUGUUUUCUGUUCAUUCUUGUUUACACCUCUGCCCAAAGCAGACAACCUUACGGUGAAGAACAGGCGGUACGGCAGCAGCAAGAGGCUGACAGAGUCACAAACUUGCCUGGACAGCCAGCCGUGAAGUUUAGGCACUUUGCUGGGUACGUGAAACUCCGGCCUCAAGACCAGAAAGCGUUGUUCUACUGGUUUUUUGAAGCCCAAAAUGGGGCUGCUCGCAAGCCUCUUGUUCUUUGGCUUAAUGGAGGACCUGGCUGCUCAUCAGUGGCCUAUGGAGCUGCACAAGAACUUGGUCCAUUCCUUGUUCGUAGCAAUGGCACUCAGCUUAGAUUUAACAAAUUCUCUUGGAACAAAGUUGCAAAUAUACUGUUUUUGGAGGCACCAGUUGGAGUGGGAUUUUCGUACUCCAACAAUUCUGAAGAUGUACGUAAACUUGGUGAUCAAAUUACAGCUGCUGACUCUUACACUUUCUUAAUUAAUUGGUUCAAAAGGUUUCCAAACUUCAAGUCCCAUGAAUUUUACAUUGCUGGAGAGAGCUAUGCUGGUCAUUAUGUUCCCCAGCUGGCUGAACUCAUUUUUGAGAAAAACAAAGGAUAUGGGAAAGACUCCUACAUUAAUUUCAAGGGAUUCAUGAUCGGCAAUGCUGCCAUCAACGAACCAACUGACACCAUAGGCCUUUUUGAUUACGCUUGGAGUCACGCGAUCAUUUCAGACCAACUCUAUGAUAAUAUAAACAAGGAUUGCGGUUUUAAAGAAAGCAGUAACCAAACUGACCAAUGCGGACAACAUUUGAUGAGAUUCAUGGAAGCUUAUUCUGACAUUGACAUGUACAGUAUCUACACUCCCGUUUGCCUUAACUCCCCCGGAAGAACCUAUCCCAAACUCCUAGUUGCUUCUCGUCUCCUCACCCAAUAUGAGCUUUGGCAUAAGCUACCAUCAGGCUACGAUCCCUGCACAGAAGAUUAUGUAGAAAAAUAUUUCAACAGAAAAGAUGUUCAGAGUGCCCUGCAUGCUAAUCUCACAAAGCUUCCCUAUCCCUACGCUACAUGCAGUGAUGCAAUCGAGGACUGGAAUGACUCUCCCAGUUCUGUGUUGCCCAUCAUCCAAAAACUCCUCAACGCUGGCUUUCGUAUUUGGAUAUACAGUGGUGAUACUGAUGGGAGGGUGCCAGUCACAUCAACGAGGUACAGCAUAAACAAGAUGGGGUUAAAAAUUAAAGAAGAAUGGAGGGCAUGGUUCCACAAGAGCCAAGUCGCUGGAUGGGUAGAGGUGUACGAAGGAGGCCUGACGUUUGCCACGGUGCGCGGUGCGGGUCAUCAAGUCCCGAUCUUCGCACCUGAUCAGUCCCUUUCUCUACUUGCCCAUUUCCUGACUGCCAACAUCUUGCCAUCUUCACGUUUCUAGCUACCCGGCUGCUGCCUAGCUUAGACUAUAUAGCCAGUAGGGCAGUAGCUAGCCAUUUGUGUUGCUGCUUGCCAUUAUGUUCAGCAUAGUUUGGAUGGUUCUAUCAUAAUUUUUCUUAAUUUCUAAAAGAAUUUCUAUAGUAGAUAUCUUUAUAUUGCCUUACAAAAAUAAUCAAGAUCAAGUAAGCCAAGAAAAAUCAUUAAUGACUUUUUUUUCUU